GUCGUUAUUACGACUUUUUUAAGUCGUUAUAACGAGAUAAAAAGUCGUUAUAACGAGAUAAAAUGUCGUUAUAACGAGAUAAAAAGUCAUUAUUACGAGAUAAAAAGUCGUUAUAACGAGAUAAAAAGUCGUUAUUACGACUUUUAAAAGUCGUUUUAACGAGAUAAAAGUCGUUAUUACGACUUUUAAAAGUCGUAUUAACGAGAUAAAAAGUCGUUAUUACGAGAAAUUGCUAUAUAUAUACCGUUAUACAUCUUUAAGGUAAAGGAAAUACCAAUGGAAUAUUAAAGGUGUGAUAAUGGAAACUGAAGAACUAGUAAAACGGUAUUUUUACCUUGGUUUGUCAAAUGCGGAAAUUCUAGCCUUUCUUGCCUUAACUCAUCAUAUUGUCAUUAGCGUUUCAACCUUAAAGCGCAUCCUACGGCGUUUAAAUAUGAGAAGAAGAAAAGAUUAUAGUGAUCUAUUGGAUGUUGCGAUAUUCAUUGCCCAGCAGCAGCAGACUGCUGGAAAACUACAUGGUUACCGUUGGAUGCAUCUCAAAUGCUUGCAAAAUAAUCUACGUGUUCCAAGAGACAGUGUAUAUGAAAUAAUGAAGUUACUAGACCCGGGCGGGAUGGCAGCUCGAAGAAGGCAACGUUUAAAAAGACGCCAAUACGUUAGUAAGGGACCAGACUUUGUAUGGCACAUUGAUUCAUAUGACAAAUUAAAGCCAUAUGGCAUAGCUAUUAACGGAUGCAUCGACGGAUUUUCGCGAAAUAUAAUGUGGCUAGAAGCUAGUACAACAAACAGUGAUCCUAAAGUAAUCGCUUACUACUUUAUUCAAGCAGUUCGACGGAAGAAAGGUGUUCCAAAACGAAUUCGAACAGACAUGGGAACAGAAAACACCCAUGUUGAACAGAUGCAAGUUUUUCUUAGACGUAACCAUCAGGAUGAAUUAUCAGGACAAAAAAGCUUUCUUUAUGGAAAAAGCACACAUAAUCAGAGAAUAGAGUGGUUUUGGGGAUGUUUGAGAAAAAAAGUAGGACAAUUUUGGAUGGAUCUUUUCCAAAACCUAUCCAGUGAUAAUGAAAGUACGUCAUUUUGUGGUACCUUUCUCGACAAAAGCUUAAUACAGUUCUGUUUCAUCAAGCUAAUUCAGAAAGACCUGGACGAGUUGGCAGCAAUGUGGAAUACCCACACUAUUUCGUCGAGUGUUAACAGGCUUCGCGAAGGAAAUCGUCCACUGAUGAUGUAUACUUUGCCUGAGCUGUUCGGUUGUGAGAACUAA